CGUAUGGCUUUGUUCCCACAAUCAAUUUGAAACCAAAAAAUAUACAUUCCCACAACUUCAAAGGAACCAAAUGUGCUGGCUGGGACUCAUCUGUUGAGCUUUUGUUGUCUUGGGACAAUGCUCAGUGACCCUUCAUCGCUGGCUGUUGAGUAGAGAUUUCCCCGUGAUUACGGAGAAGAGCCAAUCAGGAUUGAGAUGCAGGUGGAGCUUGGGUAUUCUUGGCUGUGUCAGAGAGCAUAAAGAAUCCACCGAGCUUCCUUAAGAAUUGAGUAUGCACACAGUAUUUAGCUAUUGAACACAAAUAAUCAAAAAUGGAUAUUUGCUGUGAGACGGCCUCAGAAGAACUUGACAAGACCAAAAGGCUUUUCAGGCAUUUUCCCUGGAAAUCCAGACUCCACAAAUUCAUCCAUAGUCCCUCAAGGAAUAUAAUGCCCAGACAAUCUGUUGAUGAGGCGAAACAGUGGGGACAAUCCUUAGAGAAACUACUCAAUCAUAAAUGUGGACAAGCAGCAUUUCGGGUCUUCCUUAAGUCUGAGUUUUGUGAGGAGAAUCUGGAGUUUUGGCUUGCCUGUGAAGAGUUCAAAUCCAUCACCAGUCCAGAGAAACUUGCCUGUAAAGCUACUGGCAUUUUUGAAGAAUUCAUCCAAAGUGACUCCCCUAUGGAGGUUAACGUCGAUCACUACACAAGAGACACCAUUGCUCAGAGUCUCCACCAGCCAACGCCAUCUUGUUUCGACAGUGCCCAGAGGAAGGUCUGUAGCCUUAUGGAGAAUGAUGCAUAUCCUCGGUUCAUUCAGUCUGACUACUACAAGGACCUGUGUGCUGGUGGCAGGGGCUUAGGAAAACAUAGAAGAGUUUGAGACUCACUGACUCACACUCCAAAAAUGGACUCUGACAACCCAGUUCUCUACUUUUCUCCUGAAGUGUGCACUUGACUUGAACACUACCUCACAUGGAAUGGUUCACCUGAUAAACAGAUGAUGAAAGCUACUGACUUCAAGUGUAUGUGUUAUUUGUAUAUAUUGAUGGUGAUGUAUAUUAGUAAACAUGUAAUAUUUCAUAUUUAAUAAUUCCAUUAUAAGUUGUACAUGCAAUUCAGCUUGUUGAUAUAUAUUAUACAAUAAAAAAAAACAUAAUCA